AUGAAGAAAGAGCUCAACGAACUGAUGACAGAAGGUAUAGACUACGCUCACCAGCUCAAGUCUCAGCUUGGCUCAUCUUCAUCUCAAGAAUCACGUGAACAUUUGGCCAAGAAGAUUCUUGAAUCUUACCACAAGUCUCUCACCAUUAUGAAUUACUCAGGCGAACUGGACCAAGUCUCUCCCCAUUCCCUCGGUGUAGGAAGCCCUAAGAGCGAUGAUUCUGAUCAUCAAGUACCACAUAUCAUCGAGAGUUCGAGGAAGUCGAUGCCAAGGUGGACUCAAAAAGUCAGAAUUGCCCCUGGAGUUGUGAUUGAUCGAGCGCUUGACGAUGGGUUCAGUUGGAGAAAGUACGGCCAGAAGGAUAUCCUCGGAGCCAAGUUUCCCAGGGGAUACCAUAGAUGCACGUAUAGAAAAUCUCAAGGAUGUGAAGCCACCAAACAAGUCCAGAGAUCCAACGAAGAUCCGAUGCUCUUUGAGGUUAUUUACCGAGGAAUACAUACUUGCUCCCAAGCCUCAAAUGUUAGUUCAGCCAUUCCGGUACAAGUUCUUGAACCAAACCAGACCCAAGAACAAGACAAACUUGAGAUUGUGAAGACAAGUCUAGACACUGGUCAUCACAACUACAAUCACCAAGCAAAUUUGCAUCAAACCCUUGACUAUCCUUUACCCUCUACCAUAAACCUAGAGAGUAACACUGUCAUGCUUCAACAUAAGGAUCACAAGAUUGGUUUUCUCGGAUCUACAAGUUAUAGUGAUCUAGGAACUAAUGUCAACUACAAUUUUCUAGCUCCUCACGAUGCUGGCUCUGCUUCUCACUCUACAAUAAACUCCCCAACCACCACCGUUGGUUUGGAAUCUCCGUUUGAAAACUUUGGUCCAAGUCAUCCAUUCGGAGGUUUUGGAGGGUUCUACUCUUAA